AUGGCACAGGGGUUCGUGGUGGGCGAGCCCCCCAGCCCCGGAGACCUGAGCUCCAGCUCUCUGAGCUCCCUCUCGCUGUCCUCCCACGGCCACCUGCCUGGUGACUCGGUUGGGUCCGCAACGCGAUACCUGCUGAGGAAGCAGCAGCGGCUGCUGAAUGGGCCCCCGCGCGGAAUCCGAGCCUCCUCGCCCAUGGGGCGCGUCAUCCUCAUCAACUCCCCCAUCGAAGCCAACAGUGACGAGAGCGACGUCAUCCAUGCCGUCCGGGUGGAGAAGAGCCCAGGCGGGAGGCUGGGUUUCAGCGUGCGCGGCGGCUCCGAGCACGGCCUGGGCAUCUUCGUCAGCAAGGUGGAGGAGGGGAGCAGUGCAGAGCGCGCGGGCCUAUGUGUGGGGGACAAGAUCACAGAGGUGAACGGGCUGAGCCUGGAGAGCACCACCAUGGGCAGCGCCGUGAGGACGCUGACGGGGAGCAGCUGCCUGCACAUGACGGUGAGACGCAUGGGCCGCGUGCCGGCCAUCAAGUUCUCCAAGGAGAAGACCACGUGGGUGGACGUGGUGAACCGGAGGCUGGUGGUGGAGAAAUGCGGCUCCUCGCGCUCCGACAGCAGCUCUGAGGAUGGGGCGCGACGCAUCGUGCACCUCUACACUACCUCCGACGACUUCUGCCUGGGCUUCAACAUCCGCGGAGGCAAGGAGUUCGGCCUGGGCAUCUACGUGUCCAAAGUGGACCAUGGCGGGCUGGCCGAGGAGCAUGGCAUCAAGGUGGGGGACCAGGUGCUGGCAGCCAACGGUGUCAGGUUCGAUGACCUCAGCCACAGCCAGGCCGUGGAGGUGCUCAAAGGCCAGACCCACAUCAUGCUGACCAUCAAGGAGACUGGCCGCUACCCUGCCUACAAGGAGAUGGUCUCUGAGUACUGUUGGCUGGACCGACUGAGCAACGGGGCACUGCAGCAGCUGUCCCCCACCUCUGAGAGCAGCUCCAGCGUGUCCUCGUUCGCCUCCAGCGCCCCCUACAGCUCAGCCGAGGGCUCCCUCCCCUCCGACCGCAUGGACGUGUGCCUGGGCCCAGAGGAGCCCAGCUGGGGCCGGGCAGACACGGCCAUGCAGACAGAGCCGGAGCCGGGGGGCCGCGUGGAGACCUGGUGCAGCGUGCGCCCCACUGUCAUCCUCAGGGACACGGCCAUCCGCUCCGAGGCGCCCGCAGCUCCCCGCCGCCUGGACUCCGCCCUCUCGGAGUCCCCCAAGACUGCUCUGCUGCUGGCGCUUAGUCGGCCCCGGCCCCCCAUCACUCGCUCCCAGAGCCACCUGACUUUGUGGGAGGAGAAGAAGCAGCGGAAGAAGGAGAAGUUGGGGUCCUCUGGGGAGAAAGGGGCCCUGCAGCGCUCCAAGACGCUGAUGAACCUCUUCUUCAAGGGAGGGCGGCAGGGCCGGCUGGCAGGGGACGGGCACAGAGAGGCCUGGACGCUGGAUGGCCGGAGCCCCGCUAGGUGGCGCCCUCGUCUGGACAUGGAGAAAGGCAACGUGGGCCCCGUGCAGAAGUCUGUGACCUGGAGACUGAGACGUGACCGGGAGAGGGGCCGCGCACUGCUCUCUGGCAGGCCUGCGAGCCCCUGCAGCCAACUGCCCGACGCUGAUGAGCGUGCGCAGGCCUGGGAGAGCCGCCGACCCUUAAUCCAGGACCUGGCCCGGCGGCUGCUCACGGAGGACGAGGUGCUGGCGGUCACCCGCCACUGCUCCAGGUACGUGCACGAGGGUGGCGUGGAGGACCUGGUGAGGCCACUGCUGGCCAUCCUGGACAGGCCCAUCAAGCUGCUGCUACUGCGGGACAUCAGGAGCGUGGUGGCUCCCACCGACCUGGGCCGCUUCGACAGCAUGGUGAUGCCUGUGGAGAUGGAGGCCUUUGAGGCCCUCAGGAGCAGGGCAGUUCGGCCUCUGGCCCUGCGGCCCGCCCGGCAGGACACCCCACCCAAACGGCACCUCAUCACACCUGUGCCUGACAGUCGUGGCGGCUUCUACCUGCUGCCGGUGAAUGGCUUCUCCGAGGAGGAAGGCAAUGGGGAGCUGCGGGAGAGGCUGGAAGACCUGCAGGUGUCCCCAGGGACCGCUGCCGCCCCCCGCCACCCUCCGAAAGGGAUCCCCCCUCUCCGAGACGUGCCAGUGGACGCCUUUGCUCCACGCCGAGGCACCGGCACCCCCCCUCCCCAGCCACCCCCCGUGGCGCCCCGGCCCCAGAGGCCCAACUGGCUGCUGACGGAGCCCCGGGAAGACCCUCGGCAGAGCUGGAGCCAGGGCCCGGCCCAGAGCCGCAGCCGCAGCCGCAGCCGCAGCAGGGGCCGGGGCAAGUCCCCAGGGCGCGGCCGGUCCCCGUCCCCUGCGGCCGCCCCCUGCCCCAGCACGACCCACGGGCGCUACCACAAGCCACGGAGGCCUAGGCCGGCUCUGCCCAGACCUCUGGACGGGCAGGCAGCCCAGGCAGGGGUCAGCCCAGCGCUGCCCCCCGAGAACGGGACUGUCGGGCCGGCAGAAGUGGCCACAGCAGCCUCCUGGGGGGAGCUGCGGACAGUCACGCUGUCCAAAACCAAGCAAUCUCUGGGCAUCAGCAUUUCUGGGGGCAUCGAGUCCCGGGUGCAGCCUAUGGUGAAGAUAGAAAAGAUCUUCCCCGGCGGGGCCGCCUUCCUCAGUGGGACCCUGCAGGCGGGUUUCGAGCUCGUGGCUGUGGACGGAGAGAGCCUGGAGCAGGUGACCCAUCAGCGAGCCGUGGACACCAUCCGCCGGGCGUAUCGAAACAAGGCCCGUGAGCCCAUGGAGCUGGUGGUCAGGGUCCCCGGGCCUGGCCCACAGGCCCUUCCCUCUGGCUCAUCAGCCCUCCCUGGCCAGCGGCUCCCUGCUGACCAGCCCCCGCCCACUGACCCCUGAUGACACUCAGCCUCCUCCCUGGCCUC